CAGCUGUUGCGUUUAGCGUCACCAUGACAACGGGAUCACAGUAGGCUCCGCCCACAACGCUAAACAUCAAUGCUUGGAUUCUAGAACCAGAACCAGAACCACCUGCCCUGGUUCGGUUCGGCACAGUUUUUAUGUUUAAUAUGAUUCAGUCUCGUCCGGAUUUUUAUUGGAUUUUAUGGGUUUCACUGCCGACUUUUCCUAAAACAGCCGCAGUAUUUUCUACAUUAAAACUCCAGACCAGCAGAAUAUCUGCAGGCUCCUUUGUAAUCAGGCACGGAUCAGGACAGCUCACACUGAGAGACACAGCCUUAAGGACCCCGGCUCAUCGCAACACGUUAAACCCGGUCCAGUCAAACUCGGCCCCGCUGCGGACAGACGGAACCUCAGAAUUGGGUCAGGAUGGCAGAGGUGAAGGUGAAGAAGGAGACGAACCUUUCGGAACCGGCGGAGAUAGAGAACAGGUGAAAACCCGCUCAGAAGAACCGAACCCCAGCUGACAGAACUUUCAGGUUUAAACAGAAUGAUUCUGAAAGGAGCAGAACCAGAGGAUCAAGGAGCUGUGUCAGCAGUUUCCCCAGGGAAUCACGGACCAGGUGAUCCAGAACGACCUGCCUCACCUGGAGCCCCAGCAGCGCGCCAUGGCGCUCAACAAGCUGCUGUCCCUGGGUCAGCUGGACCUGCUGAGGAACAGUUCUGGUCUGCUGUACCGGCUGAAGGACACGCAGAGCGCCAGUAAGAUGAAAGGUUCUGACAACCAGGAGAAGCUGGUCUACCAGAUCAUCGAGGACGCGGGAAACAAAGGAAUCUGGAGCAGAGACAUCCGCUUCAAGAGCAACCUUCCUCUGACGGAGAUCAACAAGAUCCUCAAGAACCUGGAGAGCAAGAAGCUCAUCAAGGCUGUCAAGUCUGUGGCGGCGUCCAAGAAGAAGGUGUACAUGCUGUACAACCUGCAGCCAGAUCGUACGGUGACGGGCGGCGCCUGGUACAGCGACCAGGACUUUGAGUCCGAGUUCGUGGAGGUUCUGAACCAGCAGUGCUUCAAGUUCCUGCAGAGCAAGGCGGAAGCGGCAAGGGACGGGAAGCAGAGCCCGAUGGUCCAGAGGAACAGCUCGUUCGCCACGUCGCAUGAGGUGUGGAAGUACAUCUGUGAGCUGGGAAUCAGCAAGGUGGACCUGUCCAUGGACGACAUCGAGACCAUCCUGAACACACUGAUCUACGAUGGGAAGGUGGAGAUGACGGUGAUCGCUGCCAAGGAAGGGACGGUGGGCAGCGUGGACGGCCAGAUGAAGCUGUACCGCGGCGUCAACGCCAUCCUGCAGCCCACCGGCCUCGUCAAGACUCCCUGCGGACUCUGCCCGGUGUUCCAUGACUGCCACGAAGGAGGGGAGAUCUCCCCAUCCAGCUGCAUCUACAUGAGCGAGUGGCUGGACUUCUGAUGGGCGGGGCCGGGGAGCCUGAUGGGCGGAGUCAGUGCGGAGCGGGCGGGGCCGUGGACAUGUGAAGACAGAUGGGUGGAGGGAUGAACGAUGCAAACUGAAAACCCAAAUGCUACGAAACAAACGCAAGAGAAAAAAUGGAAACAAAAUGCUACAGCAACAGGAAAUGGAAGCCACAACAGGAAGUAUGAAAAGCUGUGAACUGGCUCCCCCAACAGAAGUCCUCCCACCACUAGGGGGAGACUGCAGUCGGUUACAUCACUUACAGACGCUGCAGCUGGGACGACCCGGUUCUGGUGCCUUUGGGGAAAACCCAGAGCAUCUUCAGCCUGACCCACAGAUCGAUGUUUGUCCCAUCAGGCCCGGUUCUGCUCCAUCAGGCUCUAAUGGACUUGGUGCUGAUGAUCAGCACGGAUCAUCUUACACCACUUCCUGUCUCCGUAUCGACCCGACAGGAAGCGGCUCGCCAGCCGCAGCUUCAACUCCAGGGACGAAAACAAACGCAGAGAACUUCUCCGGUUCUGGAUUCGGGCCUGAUGGUUCUGUUGGGUCCAAGGGGAAUCCCACAGAACCUCAGGAACAGACUGGAACCAGAACUCUAGUUUCUGUGCUGCUGGUUUAGCUUGUGAAUAAAUUGAGUGAAGCCCGCAGAGUUCUGGUCGGGUUCUGGCAGCUGCUAGGCUCCGUUCGGUUUAGAUGACUCGGGUUGGUGAGUCUGGUUUGAUUGGACCUGGUGGUUCUGGUGGAAAAACAUUAAAAACACAUGAAAACA